UGUGUGUGUUAAUUAUGGCUGUACAGAUGGAGAAGUAUCUCUCACUCUGAAGCAAGAGGUUCAGCGCUCAACGCAUAUUUCCUUUUCAGGCGACUUUGACCCCUAGUUUGUGUGUGUGGAGGGAAAACAUUUUCUCUUUUCCCCCUCCCUCACUCUCACACACUCUCACAUGCUUGGAGGAGAGUGUGUGCCAAAUUACAUGCAGACUUUUGCAUCAAGGGUGAAAAGUUGGAAGUAAAACUUUCCUCCUCUUGCUACGCUCAGCUGCCCAAACUCACUCACGUCUCUCAGCAGAUGGAGUGAGGAAAGAACGUUGAGCAUUUUUCAGAACAGCACAUGGAUAUGGCACACACGGUGAAAACUCCACUACGGAGGUCCUUCAGCGAGCAUGUGAAGGACUCGACCAAUAAGGCUUGGGAUAUAUUCUGGAGAAGUGCACGUGAGAAACGUCUGUCAGAAAUUGAAGCAAAGGAGGCUUGCGAUUGGCUCCGAGCAGCCGGCUUCCCUCAGUAUGCACAGCUUUUCAAAAAUUGCCACAUUCCUAUUGACAUAGACUGGGUGAAGAGUGAUCAUGAAUUCCUGGAUAGUGACACAUUAGACUCUCUCUGCAGGAGACUAAACGCCUUAAACAAAUGUGCGGAGAUGAAGCUGGAUCUGAGCAGAUUCAAACGACGAGGUGAAGUUGAUGACGAUGUGGAGCCCUGUGCCAUCAGCCCUAAGUGGUCCUACGACCAAAAGAGUAGGCGCUGGAUACGUACAGACGGUAUGGACUUUCUGCCAUCUGUGGACAGCCCUAUCUCAAGUCUUAGAAGGUCUGAAAGCUGUGAGGCUUCUCUGUCAGACAGCAGUGAGCACCAUGAGAUUCUCUCCAUGCACAGCUCCAGCAGUGCUGACAGCGAUGCCGGUGGUCCAACCCUCAAAACUUCCGAAGAUCCUGAGACAAGCCGAAGCUCCUCUAGAUGCUCCUCCACCUACAAACACUUGUCCCCAGACAGCUCCUACAGUGGACCUCCAUCUCCAGGAGAGCCUCAUAACAGCAGUGAAGAGCGCUUCACUGAGAAGCCUCCUCUGAAGAAGGGUCAGAGCCUUCUUCGCAAGAUGGACAAGCUCCGACUCCGAGGGUCAACACUAUGGCCCCAUGCCCAAGGUGGGAAAUCACGGUUUGUCAUAAGCAGUCCUAUACUACAGGAGGGUCAUGGGGAGGACAAGCAUGAGGAGCUCCACCCUCUUAACAUUUCAGGGCUCCCGGAUAAGACGUGUAGCCCAGUGUCCUGUGCACCACCUUAUAGCUCCAGCAGCAGUCCCUCAGAGAACAGCAGUGCAGUCAGUACACCCAGUCCAGUCACCAAGGUUCGUAGUAACUGUAAAAGACAGAACAUUCAAUUGCAGGCAAAAGAACAAGCCUGUGUUAGUGAGCAGAAACUCCCCAACCAACACAGUAUUAACGGUAACACCAUAUUUGAGAUUCCAGAUGGUCACAAGCCAGGCACUUUUCCCACCGUUCUGCAAAAUACUGUGCUGUCACCCAUUGAUAACACCUCCGUCAACUGGAGGACCGGAAGCUUUCAUGGAUACCAUCGCCGUAGAUGUCGAAGCAAUACAUCCAAAGACCAAGAACCACCAUGCAGUCCUCUGGUGGCACAUGACCAUCGUGUUAGCAUUUAUGACAAUGUUCCAGAUAAUUUGCAAAUUAUAGACGACGAUGUAUUUUCAGCCUUGGAUAGUGUAAUGGAACGUAUUACUGGACUACAGCAAUUGGUCACUUCAUGGACAGACAAACUUCCUGAAGAUGGAGAUUCAGAUUUCUCCCACUCCAACUCUCCUUCCCCUUCUUCUCUGAAUGACAUCCACCUUGAGAUCAAAGAGCAGAGUGAAACGGACCAAACUGGCCCAAAGCAAAAUUACAACAAAAUCUCACAGGAAUGGUCACAUACAGUUCAAUUCUCUUGUGCUCAGAAACUUCACUGGUGCAGUGAACAGAUCCUCACACAUAGCUCCACCCCCCGAGCCAUUGAGUCCCAGCUUGCCCCCUGUGUUUCAAUGCUGCAGAGACUGAGUCUGCUCAGAUUGACUGUUCUGAUGGACAAACACUCACCCUUCAGCAAGCAAGGAUGGAACUGGACAGUUCCAAAAGUCUACAGAAAGAUAAACGCUUCAGAGCAGAAGAACAGGAAGGUGUUUGGUGUGCCUUUGCUUCAGAGUGUUCAGUGGUCAGGGAAACCUCUGCCUCCAAGCAUCCUCAGAGCAAUGGAGUACCUUAAGACUGAGUGCCUGGAUCAGGUUGGCCUCUUCCGGAAGUCUGGAGUCAAAUCUCGAAUUCAGUAUCUAAGAGACAUGAUUGAGGCUGACCCUGACGGCUUUUCCUUUGAGGGCCAGUCUGCGUUCGACGUAGCCGACAUGAUAAAGCAAUAUUUCAGAGACCUACCUGAGCCCAUUUUCUCCAGCAAGCUGUGCGAGAGUUUCCUGCACAUCUACCAGUACUUCCCAAAGGAUCAGCAGUUUGCAGCUGUCCAGGCUGCCAUCUUCCUCCUGCCUGAUGAGAACCGGGAGGCUCUUCAGUGCCUCCUCUUCUUCUUCCAUGAAGUAGUGGCCUGCGUGGAAGAAAACCAGAUGACCCCAACGAAUAUUGCUGUUUGCUUGGCCCCCUCUCUGUUCCAUCUCAAUGUCCUCAAGAGAGACAGCACCAGCAGCAGGGCAGGCCAGAGGAAGUACAGCUUGGGAAGACCGGAUCAGAGGGAUCUGAGUGAGAACCUGGCUGCUACUCAGGGGCUGGCACAUAUGGUGACGGAGUGCACUCGACUGUUCCAGAUGCCACAUUACUGGCACGAGAGGAAUCCCAGCACCUUUAACGAAGACGGCCUCAACAUGGACGCAGGCUCUGCUUUAAAUACAAGCGAGACUGAUGUAGCAGACCGAGCCCGGCUAGACGUCUCCGUCCAGCAGCUCCUGAGGGAGGCGAGGGAGAAAACCAAAAGCUGGGUAACCUGCUCCACCUCCGAUCAUGUGGAUGUGGCAUUUAAAAAGGUGGACGAUGGUUACCCGCUGCCGUUGUGGAGGGGGACAGUGGAAGUGGACGCUCCUCAGAAAGAUGUUUUCCAACGUGUGCUAAGAGAACACGACCAGUGGCAGAGCGACCUCCAGCACAGCGAGGUGGAGACCUUGGACAAGGAUUCUGAGAUCUACCACUACACCCUGCAGGCGGUUGGCACAAGACCACCUCUACAACAUCUGCUUUUGAGGACAUGGCAGUCUGAUCCUUCAUCAGGGCCUCUGUUCGUGGCGGCCACUUCAGUCGAACACGCUGACACACCAAACAGAGGGGUUACAGCCCAAGUGCUGUGCUGCAUGUUCCUGGUGGAGCCGACGGGGCCAAAAAAGUCACGACUCACACACUUUUGCCGCACAGAUACCAGGGGCCGAUCUCUGGAGUGGCACAAUAAAGUUGGUGGGCACCUGCUUUCAUCCACCCUGGUGGCAAUUAGGGACUCCUUUAAGUCCAAGACGAAAGACGCAAAGCUAUGAAAGGACACCGAGGAGUGAUUCAUGCAACCUUGAACUGAUUUGAGGCCCUUCAGAAGAACAAGAGGAAAAUAAAAUAUCGUUGUAUGAGGAGUACACAGGAUUUCAGAAGGUGUUUCACAGGCAGCACAGGACAAUAACAGAGCCUUUGUAACGCAGAGACGAGUCUGGUUGACGAAGAAGAACAACCAUAUGAUGAGAUGUUCCAGGACAGUCGGUCUGCUUGGCUGAUCAAGAAUGACUAGGAGGAGCGUCAGAGUAAUGAAAUGUCUUAUCCCAUUUGAAGGACCUUUUGACAAAAUAACAGACUGCAAAGGUGGUCUCUGACACCCGCAGUUUUUAAAAGCAUUAAAAGGACGACUGGGUGACGAUGUGAAAAUCUACUUCUUUGGGGAGUCGCUGUGGAAACACCACAGGUGCUUUACCUCCAGUAGUGGCUUGUGAUCAUAGAUUUCGGUAAGGCAGGACGACAUUAAUAACGACAAAACAAAAAGUUGAGAGGGUAUUUAGUGAAUUUCAAGAAUCCACAACAUACCGUCCUCCAGUGUACAGUCCAGCAGUUUGUUUUGAGUGGUUUUUAGAUCUAUCUUUGUUCACCUGUGUUCCUUACAGAAGGUGUGUUUCCCGAAGAGCUAAUAUCAUUAACCAGGGUUGCCAGGUUUCAGCAAAAUUUCCAGCUAUAUCUCAAAAACCACACAAAAUACCUGAAACUAGCCCAAACAAAUUUGGGCAUUGGAAAAGGGAGACACAUUUUUCUCAGCCUUUUGUGUGGAAAACAAGGCCACUGUAGUGCGCACUCAUUUCUGAUGUACGGAUAUUAUCCAAUCCAUAAUCCCCCUUUCCCUCUCUCAGCCAUACAACAGAAAUGCUUCUGUACAUCAUAGAUGCACUGUCUGCAGAACACGUUCCUUUGUUUGCGAAGACUUUAGUAGAUUUAAUUCCGAAUAUUUGCUUUAAAACAAGAUCUUGGCGGCUGCGUCGUUUUUUUUUUACUAGCUCAAUUUGGUGUAAAAAAAAAAAAAACUGCGAUCCUGGCAACUCUGUUAUUAACCGUCCUGUCCGCUGGUCCUCCUCUAUUAAAAAUGUUCAUAAAGCAAGCAUGAGGCAGCGUGAUUCCCGCCCCAAUGGGCCUCUAUUUAUUAGUGUGAUGCAGUUCCCAUUUUGCAAUAAUAACUAAACGGAGCUGAAUGGGGCAGUGAGCACACUGCACCACGAUUGCACAACAUCUAGAAAGGCGAGCGAAUCAACAGAACAUCUGUCAAAUAGCAAUGCUUUUUAAACUCAUUAGUCGUCCAAAAGAGGUAAUUAGUAUUUCAAUGGAAUUUAAAAUGUAUUGUUUUGUGUGAAUGAGGACUUUAUGAAGAUUAACACUUGUUGAAUAAUAUAUAUGGUGGGACUCCACAUUACCUGCCUCUAUAGACGAGCCGCCACUCAUUAUGUCAAAGUGUAACAGUUGUACAAUAAGGAAAUUCGUUUGUACAUGAGCAACUAUGACCCUGAUUCAUGUUGGAAACUGUAACUAACAUUCGCAUAUUUAUUCCAAAGUGUUCAAAAGCAUUUCUGACAACGCUUAGCUCCUCCACCGGAGAGGGCAUGAAUGUGAUGUGGCAUGUUAUAGUGGAGUUUAAUGAUGUUCACUAAAUGCCAGGCUUCUAUUAACGUUGCAAUCUGAAUAUGUAUUGGUACAUAUUUAAAGAUGUGUGAUUUAUUUUAUUGAACUUAUAAAUCGUUUUAUGAUGACUUAAUUUAAUAUAUCAAUGUAUUAAAUGUUACAGAAGAGAUUAUUUAAACGUAUGUAAACCAUUAAAGAUGGCUUGGACUUGCUGAGCGGUUUUAUUAAACUUUCUUCACUACGCAGUUUGCUACCUUUUAAGCUAAUCAGCUCUAAGCAGUGCAUUCAUUGUUAAAAAUAUAUUUCUUUCAUUUUCAUGGAUUUGAAUGAAACCUUUAUCAGAUGGUUUAUAUGCAUGGAUUAAAAUGUCGCAUAAAGAUUGUAUUUUCGUACAGAAAACUGUGUAGUAUGUAUUAUCAAAAUGCACACACGUUAUCAAAAGUUCAUUUUGUGUUUCAAAUCAGAAUAACUAUUAUAGGAAUUUUUUUAUAAUUUGAUGUGUAAUAAAUUUUAUCUGUGAAAAUUUCUGUGACUGAAGCAAGG